UGAAGAUUGAAAAUGAGGAUCAAUGACCUUGUUUUAGUUACUAAUCUUCCAGAUACUAUUGUAGAGCAGAUGAACUUGCUAUGCCCUAGUUUGCUUUACCACUGUGCAAUUUAAUCAGUAUUAUUUAGCUUUAUCUUUGCUCAUCUUCAGUCUAACAUUAUAAACAUUUAUGAGAAAACUGCAGUGUACAGUUUUAUAUCUGAUGUGUAUUGCUUCUAAUUUCUAAAUAUUUCAUUGAAAUCUAACGUGGUGCCUCUUAGAUACGAACGGUUUAAAGACAAUUAAGCAUACAUAAAUUAGAAAGUGUUCACGUAACAAAGAUGACGGAUGUUAAUUUAUCAGCAAUACUAUAUAAGAAGCUUGACCUCCGCUUGGAAGACAGACCUAUACCAGAACCGGGCAAGGGAGAGGUUCAACUAUGUAUGCAGAAAGUUGGAAUCUGCGGUUCGGACGUACACUAUUGGCAGCACGGUCGAAUAGGUGACCGCUUUAUUGUGACGGGACCGAUGUUGCUUGGUCACGAAUGCAGCGCUGUCGUUACUAAAGUUGGCGAAGGCGUCUCGCAUCUAAAAAUUGGAGAUCGAGUUGCCAUAGAACCACAUGGGGUUUGUCGGGUAUGUGAAGCCUGUAAAUGUGGACGGUAUAAUUUGUGUCCAAAUGUAUUCUUCUUGGCCACACCCCCAGACAGCGGUGCCCUAGCACGUUAUCACGUGCACGGAGCAGAUUUUGUAUUCAAAUUACCAGAUAACGUGAGUUUUGAAGAAGGUGCUUUAAUCGAGCCUUUGUCUGUAGGCCUUCAUGCUUGUCGCCGUGGCAGACUUGCAAUGGGUCAUAGGGUGUUGGUCUGUGGGGCCGGACCGAUAGGACUUUGUGCAAUGUUGUCGGCCAAGGCGUUCGGUGCUUCGGCUGUGUGUGUUACAGACAUAGAUUCAGCUCGUUUAGAAUUUGCUAGAAAAGUUGGGGCUACACAUACUGUAUUGAUCGAACGUGGUGCCAGCGAAGAGGAUGUUGCUAAGAAAGUAGCUGAAGUACUAGGCGGCGCUCCAGACAGAACAAUAGAAUGUAGCGGAGCACAGUUUUCUGUUAACCUUGGAGUCUUUGCAACUAAACCAGGUGGAGUGUUCACAAUUGUCGGACAUGGACCAAACAAGGUGGAGUUCCCAGUCGUUAGCUUGGUUGCUAAAGAGAUUGAGAUAGUUGGGUCAUUCAGAUAUAUCAACACCUGGCAGACAGCGAUUGAUAUGAUCUCGUGUGGUAAGAUCAAUGUUGCCCCCUUAGUAACACACAGGUUCACACUGGAAGAGACGAUGCAGGCGUUUGAGAUGUCAAAGUCAGGCAAGGGUGUCAAAGUGAUGAUUGACUGCGCCAAGAAGUAAUUCACAAUAUGUACAGAAGUGAAUGUUUCAUUGCCUUUGAAACGGGAUUUUAUUUAAUAAGCCGAGUAAAAAUGGACCGAGACAGUUUAUAACGAUUUAAAUGUGAUUAAACAGUGAAAACUAUUUAAGAUCCUUGGACAGAUUGUCCAAUGUAAAAUAUUUCGAGCAAACAAGACCAGUUUCGCGUUAAUUGUACGCAAAAUUCUGUUUUAUAAUUGAUUCUAAGGAACAGUUACAUUUGACAAUCAACUGUUUGCCAAUUCAAUUUUACUAGCAUUGUAUUGAUUCGACGGAAAAAGUGCGGUUUUGUACUUCAUUGUACAGUUUUCUAUCAUUAAAUACAUAGAUUCAUUUUAA